AUGACAGAAUUCGUCAAUGGCGCCGUCGUACUUACGCAGAACGAGCUGAUGGCGGUCGCGGCCCUGGCGACGGCGGGCAUCUACAACGCGGCCGAGAUAUACGUCUUCAUCUUCGCCACCUUUCGCAGGCGCCACGGCCCCUACUUCUGGAGCAUGAUCGUCGCCGACAGCGGCAUCUUCGUCCACGCCAUCUCCUCGCUGAUACACUACCUCGGCCACACCGUCAUUAUCCCCGGCGCCCUCGCGGUGGUCGGCUGGGUCGCCAUGGUCACCGGCCAGUCCCUCGUGCUGUGGUCGCGCCUGCACCUCGUCGUCUACAGCCGCCGCUGGGUCCGCUCCGUCCUCGCCCUCAUCAUCGCCGAUGUCCUCAUGCUGCACGUCCCGAUGGCCGUGCUCUGGGCGGUGUCCUUGACCGCGCCGCAGACGGACCGUGCCGCAUGGCUCCGUCGGUACCUCGUGUACGAAAAGGUCUCCAUCGUCGUCUUCUCGAUGCAGGAGACGCUCAUCACGGGCAUCUUUGCGUGGCAGGGCUACCUUAACAUGAGGCCGCUGUUCGCCUUCAAGACGCGGAUGGCGCGGCUGAUAUGCAUCUACCUCAUAAGCCUCUUCUUCCUCGUCUUCCUGCUAGACGUCGGGCUCAUCCUCCUCGAGCAAACGAACCACGCCGUCUUCCAGACCACCAGCAAGCCGUUCGUCUACAGCAUCAAGCUGAAGGUCGAGUUCAUCGUCCUCAACAAGCUGCUCGCAUUCACCAAGAUGAACUUGUGCGACUGCCACCAACUCAACGACACGUCGCGCGGCUACUCCAAGGGCGUCAUGACGAACGAUACGAUGACCACGGCCAAAGGGUGGGCCAGGAGCCAGAGAGAGGGCCACAGCAGCAACGUGUUGGAGACGGUGCCAGACGAGGAGCGCCCAGAUCACAUCUUUGACGGAUCGUCAGUGCUUGAGAGGGGGAAGCAAAAUCUCGGUUCAUGA